GUGGACGUUGCGAAAAAAUUCUAAUAAAUUUGGGGGAAGCCACGGUGGAGGAGGAAUUGUACGUGUUCGAAUUGGGGGGAGUAGAUGUAAUCUUGGGGGUGGCAUGGCUAGCGAAGCUUGGAAAGGUUAUGAUCAACUAGGGGGAGAUGUCCAUGGAAUAUAUGUUGAAGGGUAAGAAGGUGAUAGUAAAGGGUGAUCCAGCGCUUUCCAGACAGCUGGUGGAACCCAAGGCCUUGUGGAAAUUAGUGGAUGCUGAGUCAUGGGUACUAGUGUGGGAUCUGGGCCUAGUGGAGCAAGAGGGGUGCGGUGAGUGGACUGGGGAUUUGACAGGGGAACAGCGAGCUGAAUUAAAGACAGUGUUGCAGGCGCACUAUGGGGUGUUUCAAGAGAGAGAAAGCCUGCCACCACCUCGUGAUACAAAGCAUCCUUACAGAAUAAAAUUUGAGACUUGGAAAUCGGGUUUGAUCGAGAGGAAAAAAAUUAUGGUCAGAGGAGAUCUUGAGACUGGCGAUGGGAGAACCAAGAACAACAGAACAGAGGAAAACUACAAUGCGCAUGAGUCUUCUAAUCUUUACGAAGCUGAUACCCAUUGGACAUCAUGGUUGGUUCCUAUGUUUGUGGUUGCUAAUAUUGUUGUUUUUGUUAUUUCCAUGUACAUCAACAAUUGUCCCAAGAAUAACCUCGGUCCCCAAGGUGGCGGCGUGGCCAAGUUCCUUGGAAGGUUCUCCUUCGAACUUAGGCAGGAGAAUCCGUUGCUUGGUCCUUCUUCUUCAACAUUGACCAAGAUGGGAGCCCUUCGGUGGGAUAAUGUUGAGAACGGGCAUCAAGGAUGGAGACUUGUCACUUGCAUUUGGUUACACGCUAGGAUUAUUCAUUUGCUUGCUAACAUGUUGAGUCUGGUAUUCAUUGGGAUUCGUCUAGAACAACAAUUCGGGUUUGUGAGGAUUGGAGUUAUACCUGGUGACUAUCCAGGAUCAAUAUUCUGCGUUCAGAGUUCAACCUUGUGGACAAGGUUGUUGAAGGAGAGGAGGGUAAUGUUAGGACAUAGGAUAUGUGGAUAUAAUGGGAAAGGGGAGUAGGAUAGGAGGCAGAGGAGUUGUAUAAAUAGUUGUUUGUUUAGUGGAGGGGGGACUUUUGGUAGUUAGAUUGUUGACAGGCUUUGUCAUGUGGAGGGGGUUAAGCCCUUUGUAUCUGUAGUUGCACAGACCAUUCUUUUGUGAAUAAUACUCAGUUUAAUUUUUUUUCUCUAUUGUGUACCUGUUACGUGUGGUGUUUGGAG